AUGCUUAUGACAGGCAAGAUUCCCCACCAAAAGGCGAACCCCACGAAAAAAAAAGGACCUAGUUUUUCACCCGCACACACCCCAGAGAAGGAGAAGCGAUAUUGUCGCCAGGGGCGAAACACGGCGGACCUCACCCGCAAACAGCCAAGCACCCAGCAAAAGAAAAAACAAGACCGCCCCACACGCCACCCGCGGGGCGCGCUAAACAACGGCCUGCAACCCCAUUGUGGAGUGCGCGCGCUGUUUCCCCGCAGGUCGGGGUUGCCCGAAAAAUUCACAGCCAUUCGCGGGGCGACGGAGAAGCGGGCGGCGCCGGGUCGGUUCCCGCUGAAGGGCGUCGCUGUUUCAUGCCGCUCUCGUUGUCUUUUGUACUAUUCAUUUUAUUGGGUCAUAUUGACUUUGUUUAAAUGA